AUGAACUCAAUUUACGAUACAAACUCCACUGCAUCGAGUGCCUCUUCUGAAGUUUCAUUCCAUGGUGGUUCAGAACACUUGAAACACAGAGAAAAAAAGCACAGAGAGAUCAGUGAGGAUGAUACCCCUGCCGAUAGAUUGACAAAGAUGCUGACGUCGACAUCAGACGUGGCUAGCCAUACAAGUCACGCUAGCCAUGCGACCGUAGGGAUGUUUUCACCCGAUGUGGCCUCGAAGGUGGAGUCUCUGGCAAGAGAAUUGUCCAGAAAGACUACAAAAGAUGGAUCGCAGCUUAAUUGUGAACCUGAUGAAGGGUUUGAUGCAGCUGCCAUCAUUGGUAGUUUUGUCAGAGACGCGGAUGAACAGGGGAUCCAUAUCAGGAAGGCAGGUGUCACUUUGGAGAACGUUGGAUGUUCUGGGUUCGAUGCGUCCGCUUUGGAGGGCGCCACUUUCGGGAACAUCCUUUGCUUGCCCUACACUAUCUACAAAGGUAUAAAGGCGAAGAGACAAGCGAAGAUGAAACAGAUCUUGCAGAACGUUAACUGUCUCGCUAAAGCUGGCGAGAUGGUCCUUGUGUUGGGGAGACCUGGUGCAGGUUGUUCCUCGUUUUUGAAGGUCACAGCGGGAGAGAUCGAUCAAUUUGCUGGUGGUGUGCUAGGUGACAUUGCGUACGAUGGGAUCCCACAGAAGGAAAUGAUGAAACAUUACAAGGCGGACGUCAUCUACAACGGUGAAUUGGACGUUCAUUUCCCAUACUUGACCGUCCAACAGACUUUGGACUUCGCCAUUGCAUGUAAGACACCAGCGAAAAGAGUCAACAACGUCUCCAGAAGUGAGUACAUCGCCUCGACAAGAGAAUUGUACGCGACCAUCUUCGGGUUGAGACACACAUACCACACGAAAGUGGGGAACGACUUCGUCAGGGGUGUCUCCGGUGGUGAAAGAAAGCGUGUCUCCAUCGCUGAGGCCCUGGCUGCGAAGGGUUCCAUUUACUGUUGGGAUAACGCUACAAGAGGUCUGGAUGCGUCGACCGCGUUGGAAUAUGCAAGAGCUAUCCGGAUUAUGACAAACCUGCUCGGGUCAACAGCUUUUGUCACCAUCUAUCAGGCAAGUGAAAACAUUUACGAAACUUUUGAUAAAGUCGUUGUCCUAUACGAAGGUAGACAGAUCUACUACGGUGAAAUAGAUGACGCAAAGGACUACUUCGCGAAGAUGGGUUACUUGUGUCCACCAAGACAGGUCACUGCUGAGUUCCUAACGGCUUUGACGGAUCCAAACGGUCUACACCAAGUCAAACCAGGGUACGAGGACAAAGUACCACGUUCUGCAGAAGAAUUCGAAACAUUAUGGCUAAACUCUCCGGAGUACCAACAACUGUUGGCCGAUAUUGCUGCCUAUAAGACCGAGGUGGACGGAGCAAGAACCAAGGAAAUUUACAACCAGUCCAUGGCCGAUGAAAAAUCAAAGGGUACUAGAAAGAAAUCGUAUUACACGCUUACGUACUGGGAACAAGUUAGACUCUGUACGCGUCGUGGGUUCCAAAGAAUUUACGGUAACAGAGAUUACACAGUGAUCAACAUUGUUUCUGCCGUGAUCCAGUCGUUCGUCAGUGGUUCCAUGUAUUACAACUCUCCCUCAAGUACGAAUGGUGCCUUUACCAGGGGUGGUGUUCUUUACUUCUGUUUGUUGUACUAUUCUUUGAUGGGGCUGGCUAAUAUCUCUUUCGACCAUAGACCAAUCCUUCAAAAACAUAAGGGCUACUCCUUGUACCAUCCCUCCGCCGAAGCUCUUGCAAGCACUAUCUCUGGGUUUCCAUUCAGAAUGAUCGGUUUGACACUGUUCUUGAUCAUUAUCUAUUUCCUAGCAGGCUUGCACACUAAUGCCGGUUCGUUUUUCACUGUGUACCUUUUCCUAACAAUGUGUUCUGAGGCAAUCACCAACCUGUUUGAUAUGAUCUCCGCAGGUUGUGAUAACAUUGCGCAAGCUAACUCCAUUUCUGGUAUCAUCAUGUUGUCGAUUUCCAUGUACUCUACCUAUAUGAUCCAAUUACCCUCUAUGCGUCCAUGGUUCAAAUGGAUAUCGUACAUUUUACCCAUCAGGUACGCCUUUGAGUCUAUGCUUAAUGCCGAGUUCCAUGGAAGACAUAUGGACUGUGGUGGUACUUUGGUUCCAACUGGUCCAGGUUACGAGAAUGUUGCUGAAGAAAACAGGGUCUGUGCCUUUGUUGGUUCCAAACCGGGUCAAUCGUGGGUGCUUGGUGAUGACUACUUAAAACUACAAUUCCAAUACGAGUACAAACACACCUGGAGAAAUUUCGGUAUUAUGUGGUGUUUCCUGCUUGGUUACAUGGUUAUCAAGUGUGUCGUGACAGAGUACAAGAGACCCGUGAAAGGUGGUGGUGAUGCCCUUAUCUUCAAGAAGGGUGCCAAACGUUUCCAACUGAAACAUGACGAAGAAGCUGCUGACGGUGCAAGUGACCUAAAGGACAAGUACUCAAGCAACACAACCUCAACAGACGAUGACGAGACAUUUGCAGACAUGAAAGCAACAGGUGUGUUCAUCUGGAGAGACGUAUGCUUUACUAUCCCUUACGACGGUGGCCAGCGUAGAUUGCUGGAUAACGUUUCUGGGUACUGUAUUCCAGGUACCAUGACUGCACUAAUGGGUGAAUCUGGUGCUGGUAAGACUACUCUUUUGAACACACUUGCACAAAGAAAUGUGGGCGUUAUCACCGGUGAUAUGCUUGUUAACGGCCAUCCAAUCGACACCAGUUUUGAAAGACGUACCGGGUACGUUCAGCAACAGGAUAUUCAUAUUGCUGAAAUGACCGUCAGAGAGUCUCUACGGUUCUCAGCUCGAAUGCGUCGCCCUCAGCACAUCCCAGAUGCAGAAAAGCUAGAUUACGUGGAAAAAAUAAUACAAGUGUUGAACAUGGAAGAGUAUGCUGAGGCCUUGGUUGGCGCUCUUGGUAGUGGUCUGAACGUUGAACAAAGAAAGAAGUUGUCCAUUGGUGUUGAGUUGGCUGCUAAGCCAGACUUGCUGCUAUUCUUAGAUGAGCCCACAUCUGGUCUAGACUCCCAAUCGUCUUGGGCAAUUAUCCAAUUAUUGAAGAAACUCGCUGCUUCAGGUCAAUCUAUUUUGUGUACUAUCCAUCAACCUUCUGCUACUCUAUUUGAACAAUUUGAUAGAUUAUUGCUGUUGAAGAAAGGUGGUCAAACGGUUUACUUUGGUGACAUCGGUGAGAAUUCCAACACUGUAUUGAGCUACUUCGAGAGAAACGGUGCCAGAAAAUGUUCUGCAGCGGAAAACCCUGCAGAAUAUAUUUUGGAGGCCAUUGGUGCCGGUGCCACUGCUAGUGUGAAGGAAGACUGGUAUGAUACAUGGUGUUCAUCUACUGAGUUCGUCUCAACUAAAAAUAAGGUUGACAAUCUGAUUGCGGAACUAUCCUCUAAAGAAAACAAAUCAGAAUUAGGGGAACAUCCAUCCAAGUACGCGACAUCGUAUCUUUUCCAAUUCAGACACGUUUUAAUCAGAACGAAUAUCACAUUCUGGAGAAGUUUGAACUACUUGAUGUCAAAGAUGAUGUUGAUGACCGUUGGUGGGUUGUACAUUGGUUUCACGUUUUACGACCCGGGCAACAGUUACACUGGUUUGCAAAACACGCUUUUUGCCGCUUUCAUCUCCAUUAUUCUAUCUGCUCCUUCCAUGAAUCAAAUCCAGGCCAGGGCUAUUGCAGCGAGGGAGUUGUACGAAGUGAGAGAAUCCAAGUCUAAUAUGUUCCAUUGGUCGCUACUAUUAAUCACGCAAUAUCUCAGCGAAGUUCCCUACCAUUUGUUCUUUUCUGCCAUUUUCUUCGUUUCAUCGUACUUCCCACUGAGAAAUCAUUUCAGCGCCAAGUACUCCGCUGUUUACUAUCUGAACUAUUCGAUUAUGUUCCAGUUCUACUAUAUCGGACUUGGGUUACUCGUGUUAUACAUGUCUCCAAACCUUCAGUCCGCUAACGUCAUUCUUGGUUUGACGCUUUCAUUUAUGAUUGCAUUUUGUGGGGUGGUGCAACCCAAAUCGCUAUUACCCGGGUUCUGGACGUUUAUGUGGAAGGCUUCCCCUUACACUUACUUUGUCCAAAAUUUGGUUGGUGUUCUGUUACACGACAAGCCUGUCAUUUGCAAAAAGAAGGAAUUGAAUUACUUCGAGCCACCUUCUGGUCAGACUUGUGGAGAAUAUAUGGGUCCCUUCUUACAGAGAGCGACUGGUUACGUUGCAAAUCCAAAUGCGACCGAAAACUGUGCCUACUGUAUUUACACUGUUGGUGAUGACUAUUUAGCACACAUCAGUGCAAGCUACUCAUAUGUGUGGAGGAAUUUCGGUUUCUACUUUGCCUACAUUUUUUUCAAUCUUUUUGGCAUGGUUGUGGUUUAUUACAUUUUCCAUGUUAGUGGUUUUACUUUCCCUAACCCCAUUGCUCUGAAAAACAAGCUAUUCAGACGUAGAGGCAACAAGAAUUAA